CUUAGAACCGCCAGAGUUUGGACAUCUUUUCAUUGCUUCGCAGUGUGAUUUGACAGGUCAUCCAGCCUAGGCAACCGCCGGUUUAGCACUGACAAUGCCCAAGGCCGCCAAGGAGAAGCCCGCUGCGGCGAAGAGGGAGAAGAAGGUGAAGGAUCCCAACGCGCCCAAGAAGCCGCUGGGCGCAUACAUGUGGUUUUGCAAGGACAUGCGCGAGCGGGUGAAGGCAGAGAACCCCGGCAUGUCGGUCACCGACAUCGGCAAGCGGCUGGGCGAGCUCUGGAAGGAAGUCAGCGAGGAGGACAAGAAAAAAUAUCUGAAGCAGGCCGAAGAUGACAAGGAGCGCUACAAUAAGGAAGCAGCUGCAUACAACAAGGAG